UCCACAUUUCGCAACGCCAACUGCACAAGUUUGUGCAAAUGCACACCAAGCCGCAGCGUCGUGUGUAGCCCGUUCCCCUGCGAGGGCUUCUGCGUCCUUAAAGAUGAGAAUCGUUACUGCGUCCCGAAGAAGAAGCAGUGCCACACCGUGGGUGACCCCCACUACAGCACCUUCGACGGAAUGACAUUUGACGUCCACCACGCGUGCAACUACACGCUGCUCACUCUGCUGUCCAAGCCGAGCUGCAGCGUCGUGGCCAGGCUUGAGCAGAAGCCGUAUUCCGCUACGGCCUCCACCGUGGCCCUGUACAUCACGGAAGGAGCGGACACCAUCACCCUGGGGAGGGGCUCUGCCGUCUACGUUGACGGCAUUCGAAGGAACCUCCCUGUGGCCACCGCGUCGUUUGUCGCCUUGGAGAGCGCUGGGCACGUGCUCUUGUUCAGCGUCGCGGAGCCGUACCUGGUGAGGUAUGACGGCUGGGGCACGGCCAUGAUAGAGGUGCUCUCUCUGAACAACCGCACCGGUGGUUUGUGCGGCAACAACAAUGGGAGGGAGGACGAUUUCGGCGAUGUGGUGGAGUUUGCCAACAGCUGGGCCGCUCCUUCGAAUAAUUCCAACUGUGAUCUGAGGGACUCUGCGGCGUUGGGCGCGACGCCCCUCCAGUGGGCGGCUCCGGCCGCGAGCAGCGGGGCCUGCUGGGUGCUGUCCAACCCGACGGGGCCGUUCGCCGCCUGCCACGCGGUGCGCUCCCCCGCCUGGUGGUUCCAGAGCUGUGUGGCCGACGCGGCUCUGCCGGGCCGCCACGAGCCCACGUCGGCGUGCGCCCUGCUGCACGACUACCACGCGCUGUGUCGCGAGGUGUCCGUAUACGUCGGCGAGUGGCGGUCGGCCGCUCGUUGCGAGCUUGCGUGCCCGCCCCACAGCCAUUACACGCUGUGCGCCCGGAUGUGUCCCCCCUCGUGCGCCACGGCUGACGAGGAGGUGGUCUGCGACUGGCCCUGCGUCGAGGGCUGCCAGUGCCACGUGGGCUACUUCAAGCACGACGGCGAAUGUGUGGCGCAGGAGGACUGCGGCUGUGUCGAGGAGGGAAGCGGCGGGGGCUUCUUCUAUCACCCGAUAAACGCGGAGUUUUACAACUCCAACUGCUCUCUGCUCUACACGUGCCAGCGAAACCGGACUCUGACCAGCGCACCCACCGCCUGUGUUGCAUCACAGUGCAGACUCUCUGAUGGGGCUUACCGAUGCGAGCAGGGCAAGUCCACUGCGUGCUAUGCAUCGAGUCGGUUUCCUGCUCAAAUGAGCAUUGAGGGGCAGCAGUACGUGCUGUACCACAGCCCUGGGCCCGGUGCUGGUGGUAAUUUCACAUUCCUAUAGCUGUGGAGGUGUUUUGUGACCUGCGGGUCGCCAAUUGUGAAAACCAAGUGUCGUUUGAUGCCUUCACAACCAGCUCCAAUAAAUUAACAAAGUCAAUAUAAAAUUUUAGUUUUCGCUUUUGCUUAAAUUCAGCCCUAAUAAUAUAAUGUUUGACAAAGAUGAUGCAUCUCUUCUCCUUCCCUUCGUAUGCACAUUUGUCAUGCUUGUGCGUUUUUUGGCUGCCCUUAACUUGUGCUGCUGCCAGUCUUCUAAAGAUCAUCCGGGACUUUUGUUGCCGCUUCCGCCUUGUAAAUAUAAACUUCUUCGUCUUAAUACCAAUGACGCCUCCCUUUGUAGCGCCCACGUGGAGUGUGUACUGCUAUUCGGAGAUUGCAAACAAAAAAAACCCUGGAAACGA